AUGGUUGCAAACGCUGUGAGCGAAGGGCUUUCUCGGCAACCAGUGCUGAGUCAGGUCAGCCCCACUAAAGGAAAGCGACCGGCCGCCGUUAAUGACGAUGUUACUCCCGAGGAGAGGGCUGAAGCAAUCCCUGACAGCGCCAUUGCCAGAGCCCCGGUUAAAAGACCCAAAUAUCCAAGGUACAGAAAACAGUGCACCGCUUCCAGCGGGUGUGAUAGUGACAUUUGCGCUGACGAGUCACCCUGUUCGAGCCCUUCAGAUACAGCCAGCGGCAGCGCCGCUCUGAGAAGCGGCUGCUUCUCUCACGGGCUCGCCACUCAACUUGACUGGCAGAUUUUCAGAGAACAUGGGGAGAAUUACUAUCACUUUAAACGAGAAUCUGAGAAGAAAUUCCAUCCCCGGAACUGUCUGGCUCGGCAGCCUCAGGUAACUGCAGAAGACCGGUGUAAACUUGUUAGCUGGCUGAUUCCAGUUCACAGAUACUUUAACUUCUGCUUUGAAUCACUGUGCCUCACUGUAAACAUAAUGGACCGUUUCCUUCAAACAACACCGGUGGCUUCGGAUUGUUUCCAACUAGUCGGAGUGACCUCGCUGCUUCUUGCGUGUAAGCAAGUUGAGGUUCACCCCCCUAGAAUCAAACAGCUACUUGCUCUGUGCUGUGAUGCUUUUACUCGUGAGCAGCUGUGUAACUUGGAGUGCAUCAUCCUGCUCAAACUCAACUUCGAGCUGGCCGCACCCAGCGUGAGCUUUUUCUUGGAGUAUUUCACCAAUAAAACCCUGCAACAGCAACAACUGGGCAGCAGAGCUACCAGGACAGGACGGCUGGCCAGGCGCCUUGUCGAGCUCAGCCUGGCCGAUUACUCCUUCAACGGGUAUCCGCCCUCCCUGCUGGCCGUCUCUGCCUUCAACCUGGCCGCUCGGAUGUUGCAUCCUGACCAAGUGAUCGACCUAGAUUUCAGCGAUUACCCGCCCGGCGUGCUGGAGGACUGUGUAGAGACACUGAAGUUGCUGGUGGCUUUGAACAAGGAGUCACUGGCAUCCUUGCAGACUUUUGAACCGACAAAUAAUAGAUUCAGCACCGAAUUAUGA